UUUCCAUUUCCCCAAGCUGCAGAACUGAACAUGUAUAUUGGUUUGUUCUGUCACAGGCUGGGUUUACACAGGCAGCCCAAUUCAGUGCCUGCCUGUGUAAACGCAGCCUAAGUUCCUCUAAUCACUGUCAGUGACCGUUAGGUUCAGGAAAUAACACAAAUGGGCACAGGCUGCUAAAGGUAGACGUUCCACAGUCUGUCUGAGUCAAGCAGCAACUGGCAGUCUGUGUGUAUGCUACAUCAACACUCCACUAUACAGGAAGGACAGUACGGUCAUUGAAGUUCAAUACAAGUGAAACCCAGGUAUAAAGAAGUUUUCCAGUUGUCAUUUAGUUGUGUUCACCGCUGAACUCUGUCGCAGUGGUUUGACCUACUUCUGAUUCCUGCAACUGAGAACUGCAUUCCCACACAUAGACAAAACCACGUAUCAACUACGCUCUCUGCCAGAAUGACAGAUGCUCAGAACUACCCCAUGCCCACAGAGUCUCAGGAUGCCCUGAACUCCAACCUGCCACCCCCUUACCUCCAUGGGGAGGCCCAAGUGGACCCCACGCCACCAUACAUGCCACCUCCAUACUCUGCAGCUCCAGCCAUGUAUCCUCCAUCCCCCUACCCCCCAGUCCUGUACCAACCACAGGCAGGGGUGGAUAUGGGAACCCUCCCACCUGGAGAGUGUAACCCUGUGGGAGAGCCAGGAUCCUCUCCACCAGAGGCAGACGCCGCCCUAUUGGUGUCAUCUUUUGAUGACAAGACAAUAAGGAAGGGGUUUAUCCGAAAGGUGUUCAGUGUCGUGACCCUGCAGUUGCUGGUGACCUUCAGCAUUGUGUGUGUGUUCACGUUCUCCAGUGUGGUGAGGGUGGCGGUGCAGAGCAACAUCUGGAUCUACCUCAGCUCAUACAUCCUGUUUGCUGUGGUUGCCAUCUGCCUUAGCUACUGCAAUUCCUUUAGCAGAAGCCAUCCCUGGAACCUGGUGGGACUGUCAGUGGUCACUCUCACCCUAUCCUACUUGGUCGGCACUGUGGCCUCAUUUCAUGACACCACUGCUGUAGUCAUCGCCAUGGGAGCAACAGUGGCCAUCUCCUUCACCAUCAUCAUCUUCUCAGCCCAGACUCGAGUGGACUUCACACUUUGUAAUGGCAUCAUGCUCGUGCUGGCAGUGGACCUUCUCAUGUUCAGUUUCUUCUGCUGUUUCUUCUACUCCAAUGUGCUUCAGAUAGUCUACGGAUCUCUGGGAGCCCUGCUCUUCUCACUGUUCUUGGCGAUUGACUGCCAGCUGGUGAUGGGCAGGCAGAAGUAUGCUCUGGAUCCAGAGGAGUAUGUGUUUGCUGCCCUGAUCCUGUACCUGGACAUCAUUAAUAUCUUCCUCUAUCUGCUCAUCAUAAUGGGAGGCUCCAGCAAAUAGUCAACACCUGGCAGAAACCUACUAUGACACACAUAUCUAGCUAUAGUCCGUAGCACUCCAAACUCGAGCUGGGCGAUAUAAACAGAAAUCCAUAUUGUGAUAAAUUGCAUGAAUUUAUGUGAUAACGAUAAAUAGAACGAUAGUUUAUAAUGUG